CUUCGCAUUUACGCAACAACUAGCCCUAUUUUCCUCGGCCCCGUCCGGCGAGAUCGAGAGACUACCGAUAGAGGAAGAAGAAACACGCCGCCGUCGACCCCAUCCUCUCCUCCUCCUCCGCCGCCGCCUCCGCCUCCGCCGCCGCCUCCGCCUCCGCCGCCGCCAUGUUCGGCUCUACCAAUCCGUUCGGGCAGUCUUCCGCCAGCGCUUUUGGGCAGACCUCUAGCAACCCUUUCGGAGCCCAAUCAGGGUUCGGCCAGACCAGCACCGCCACCAAUCCCUUCGGCAGCCCGACCACCGCCUUCGGUGCGCAGACGGGGACCACCUCGCCUUUCGGCGCCACCUCCUCCACCGCCGGUGCGUUUGGUCAGCCAUCCGCUCCGGCGUUCGGGGCUACAUCCACCCCGGCGUUUGGGGCCGCGCCGGCUGGUGGAUUUGGCCAGCCAUCCACGCCGGCGUUCGGCACCCCGUCGUCCUCUCCGUUCGGGAGCUCCACGCCAGCCUUUGGCGCGUCGCCAGCCCCCGCGUUUGGCGCGGGCGCCACAUCCUCCGGUUUCGGCAGUGGAUCUUUGUUUGGACAGAAGCCAAGUUUUGGUGGUUUUGGAUCAUCUCCUAGCCAGUCUAGUCCUUUCGGUAGCACGUUUCAGCAAACACAGCCAACAUUUGGCAACAGCACUUUUGGCGCCACAACUACACCGGCCUUUGGCACCACGACGACGCCAUCCUUUGGUGCCACAACCACCCCAGCGUUUGGCUCUACAUCAACAUCCCUAUUUGGUGCUUCCAGCACACCAACAUUUGGCUCCACACCCUUUGGUUCAACCACAACUCCUGGUUUUGGAUCCUCAGGAACCACAACAUUUGGUGCGAGCAGUGCUCCAGCUUUUGGAGCUUCAAGCACGCCAGCAAAUGCUUUUAGUUUUGGUUCUUCCCCGUCCUUUGGACAAACAGCAUCUGCAACUGGAAGCACUCCGUUCGGAACAACUCCUUCGCCUUUUGGGGCACAAACUUCUCCAUUUGGCUCGCAGACAGCAGCACCAGCAUUUGGGCAAGCUUCAUUUGGAAAUCAAUCUGGAGGAACCAGAGUACAACCUUAUGUGCUGACACCAGAUCCUGACAGUGCUACAAGUGGUACUCAGCCUGCUGCAAAACUUAAUUCCAUAUCAGCCAUGCCUGCAUACAAAGAGAAGAGUCAUGAAGAGUUGAGGUGGGAAGAUUACCAGCGUGGAGACAAAGGCGGACCAAACUCUUCUGUAACUCCAGUGGCGAACAGCUUUCCAACUCCGGCGCCAAGUUUUCAAACAAAUCCGCCGGCAAAUCCAUUUGCUAAGCCCUCUACAGGUGGUUUUGGUGCCACUCCAAACCCAUUUUCGUCGCCCACAGUUACCCCAUUUGGACAAACAAGUAGUUCUGCAUUUUCAGCAAAUACCUCACCAUCUCUAUUUGCGAAUACUACUCCUUCAUUAUUCAGCACGCCAUCGACAACCCCAAACCCUUUCAAUAAUAGCUUAUCCAUUAGUAAUAAUACUCAAUCAGCUGGGCUGUUUCAGUCUUCCCCUGCAAUAGCGCCAUUUAGCCAGUCGUUUAGCCAGCAAUCAAGCACUCCAGCUUUCUCCAGUGGUAUAUUCAACACACCUAACAUUGGAAUGACUGGAGGGCUGUUUGGCAACACAUCUUCCCCUUUUCUAACAUCAACGUUUCAACAAUCUGCCCCUGUUCAGCAGACUCCAAGCUUAUUCUCAUUCCAACCUCAAACCCAACCAGCUUCUACAGGUGGAUUCACUGGUUUUUCCAACACUAUGAAUCUGGCUCCAUUUGGACAGCAAACCACCAGCCAGUCCAAUAUGGUUAUGCAGCCGACUCUUGUUUCAAAUCCCUUCGGGACACUUCCAGCAAUGCCUCAGAUGUCCAUUGGGAAUGGUGGAUCCGCACCCUCCAUCCAGUAUGGAAUAUCAAGUUUGCCGGUUGCUGAGAAGCCUCUUCCAAGCAGAACAGUAUCCAUGGUGGUUCCUAGGCAUUUGUCGCAGAGAAGGAUAAAACUGCUGCCACGAAAAUAUAAUCAGACAUCUGAUGGAAAGGUUCCUUUCUUUGCCGAUGAUGAAGAAUGUCCUGCAACACCAAAAGCGGAUGCCUUUUUCAUCCCUAGAGAGAACCCGAGGAGUCUGAUAAUCCGUCCAACUGACCAGUGGCGUUCACGUAGUGCGGUUGACAGGCAAUCAGUACUGAGAGAUUCAACUGAUCUUGACAAACAUAACGGUGCUUUGGAUGGGAAGGAGCGCGGCAAGGCUGCUGCGCCACCGACUCGAUCUGGUUUGGUGGAAAAUGGCACAUACCGUGAUGACCACCGCCAGGCAUUACCUGAGGCGCAUGCGAAUGGUUCUUCUGUUGAGAAGCUGAUGCCUAAGCUAUCCCAGGCAGAUUACUUCACGGAGCCUAGUUUGGAGGAGCUUGCCGCCAAAGAACGUGCUGAACCAGGCUACUGCAGCCGGGUGAGAGACUUUGUUGUUGGACGUCAAGGCUAUGGCAGCAUCAAAUUCUUGGGAGAAACUGAUGUAAGGGGUCUUGAUCUGGAAUCGAUCGUGGAAUUCAAUAACCGUGAAGUGAUUGUGUACAAGGAUGAUAACGAGAAGCCCCCGGUUGGCGAGGGCCUGAACAAAGCUGCUGUGGUGACUCUUUUGAACAUCAAGUGUGUUAACAGGAAGACAAGCGAGCCAUACACGGAGGGUCCAAGGGUGGACAAGUACAAGGAGAUGCUGGUGAAGAAGGCUGAGGAGCAGGGUGUGGAGUUCAUCUCGUUUGACGCUGCUAAGGGCGAGUGGAAGUUCAAGGUGAAGCACUUCAGCUCCUAUGGUUUUGCUGAAGCUGAAGUAGGCCUGAUCGAUUCCAUGUAGCCCCGUCCAUGGAAGUUGUAACUGAUUUCGGAGGACUCUCAUUGUGACGCUUUUGUUUUCUGAAUAAUGCUAUGUGGCUUAUCUUUCGUUUCUAUGUUUUGUACAAAUCUUUCUUGUUUGUGGAGUGCGCAACCUUGCGCUAGUUUAGUACUAUGUGUGUGUGUGUGUGUGGAUUGUAUAAGUGAAUUGAUUGUCGUUUCUUGUCGGAAGUAGAGGUUUAUUUAUGCUUUUGAAA